CUGAAAGUGCUUUACUACCUGCUCCAGGUGAAGGCAGAUUUCCUGCUGUCGGUUUUUGCCAGUAGAGACUUGCUGUAUCACCCAUCUUGUCUCCGGCCCCCAAAGCAUCUCUCUUCUCCGUGGCAACCAUCAACUGCACUAACCCAGAGAAAGACUGACAGUCGACCCACUGAAGAGGUGUGCAGGCAAGCCGAGCAGAACAAUAACAAAACUGGAGUCAGAGGCAGAAAGGGGAAGAGGACAGACCCUAAUAAUGGCCCGGCCGUGACUUGACAUGCUAUGAAAAGUGACAGUGGACGAGUCAUCCAUUAUUUAUAGCAGUGCAGAGCUGGGUUAUUUAUUUUUUCAGCAGUAUGAGCAGCAAGGGAUCAUGGCACUAAACAAGCAGCCAGUCGUGGCCUAUUGGUGUGAUUGUCAACGGACAGCGAGGCCAGCACAGCGGUGAAGUAAGCCAUGACUGAAGUCGGGGACUGAUAUGGCAACUGCACUCGGGAUGGGAUUUACCUUAACUUGUGCUGGCUCUACUUCUGUCCUGUCUUAUCCAGGUCACACAUGUGAGGUCAGCGUCAACUGUUGAUUGGCUGAAAACAUUGUUGCUGCUUCCCUUUUCUUGCUUUUUACACAAAAAGUUUUUUUGUCUCUUUGAAUACAAGUUGUGACACAUCAAAGCAAGACAAGAAAAAUAAGAAAAAAGGAAAACAAAAAAAAUAUAUAUCAUAAUUUAGUGGCAAAGAAAAUACAAUUUAUGAAUUUAAUGUGACUUCUUAUAUUGUAUUUGUGCCAAUUAUUGAGUAUUUCUUUAAAUAUUAGACAUGAGUGCACAGGAAGCCUUAAUGUGAUAUUCAACAAAUAAUCAUGAGCUGUUGAUAGAGCAAACAAUCAACUGACACAUUCAUCAGUGAGGGGCAGAAGUGCUGAUGUCAGUGUGCGACUGCAGCGGCUAAUCUAUGUGUAUGGAUUAGCAUAAGUGUUCGAUAGUUCUGUCCGGACGACUGGAUCACUAUCGUUGUCUCAGAUAUUUAUCGUAGCUGAGUAGAGCACUGUGUGUCUGGACACGGCUUAGUUAUGCAGAGAUGCCACGGACGCCAUCAGGGCAUUUCUGGCACACACAAACGCGCAUGACAUCAGGAACAGAUGUUGCACAUGGUGAGGCCCAUCAAGGGACAACAACUCUGCAUCGGAGCAUGAAUAUUUCAGACAGCUUACUGCUGUACUUAUCAGCAUAGACACGACCAGGCUGGCCAAGGACCCAGUCAAUCUGAUCUUAAAUUUUGGGGAUGUUGUAAUCACUUUAUUGAAGAAGCGGGUGAAAGCAUACGCCAGGUUGAUGAAGUGCUGGCUUGCAAAAACAAGGAGAGGAAGUUACUCUUUUAGCUUAGAUGCAUUUUAGAUGAUGAAAAAGCAUCUGCAAUUUGGUCUAUGUCUGCACAUUCUGUUUUCUGUCUGUGUUGUUUAUGCUUAUUAUACUAUAAUAAGGUAUUCUUUUGGCUAUCUCAGGAGCAUUUAAAUUUGUUUUAAUGUCAGAAAAAAAACAUGGUCCCUUUCAGGUUUGAAAAAUUAUGAAGUGAGUGCUCCAGUCUGUCUAAAUUCUCCAAAAAAAAAACUUUUUCAUUUAUCUUUUUAUCCUUGUUACCAGAGCAUCAUUUUACUGAGGAGAGAUGUUUUAGAUUUUUUAAUUGGCAUCAUAUGAGUGACAGGUCACUACUAAGUCUACGAGCCACAGUGGAUGCUGGUCAGCUCCACCCUUUUAAAGAGAAACUGCCCAGGAACUGGUACAAAAGCUAGGCUACAGUCCCUGCAGACUGGUCUGAAUCCAUGUGGUGGUGGACUCAGAGACUCUGACCCAGAGUUUUAGUUUUAGUCUAUAAUCCCCUGAAUUUUUUUCAGCACUUUUCCAUCAGAAAGCCCAUGUGGUAUUGCAGAAUUUCUUUUUCUUAGCAAUUAUUACCGUUUGCAGACACACACACACAACCACACAUAUCUGUUCCUCCACAUGCCGCAAAUUACUCAGCUGUUUGGGUCAGUGGACUUUAAAGCGGCUAAAAAAACAACAAAACUAAAAGAUGUAUGCUUCAACAGUGCAGAGGAUUCGAUGUUUGCUCUGGACACACAUGGGCAGAAGUGUUAAAAACAGUAGUAUAACGAGGACGAACUAGACUCAAAGCAUGCAAGGAGUAAGGAGAGUAAUUUCAAAGCUAACUGGAGAGCAGGUGAGAUCCCAAAUUUCCUGUCAGUGUAUGUGUAACUUAACGCUCACUAACCAAGAGAACCUGUCUCAAGUGAAACUUAGUAACAGUAGUACCUUAGGAUCUUUGGGAAUCAAAUAUACUAGCAAUCCAUAUAAAGCUGCAGGCUGCAUUGCUUCUCAACCAGAAUCCACUGCUACACCAAACACAACUAUUUUUUCACCAAAGUUGUUCAGAAUUUACGAUCGGAAUUCAAUCUGAAAAUCAGAAAAGUCAAACGUAAGUUUGUCCCCAAAAUAAAUAGUCAGCUCUCGUUUCUUUUAUUUUCUUUUUGGAUAAUGACACAUUGCUCAAUUAACCUUAUCCAAAUUCACAGUGUUGGCUGUUGAAGGGUAAGGCUGUGCUCCCAGGCAUCACUGUGUCUGCCAAGUGAACCUAGUCAUUUUGUGCCCAACAUUACACAAAACUGAGAUGCAAAAAUGUCCAAAUUCACAAUAAAUACGUGAUAUCACACUUGUAUUUUAUAGACCCAGUUAGCUAAGCAUGUUGCAUGCUGAAGAGCACACAUAAGUAUUGUGUCUGCGAUGAAUGCAAAAAAAUGGGGUCUCUGAUGGCAAACUGCUGAAAAAGAAGUGUUUUUAAGUCUAUGCUUAAACCAGUGUAACUGUAGAGUAACAUCAAGGUUCCCCCAGUGAGUUCUCAUCAAAAAGGACAAGCUGAUGGGCAUCUAUUGAUCCAUUGGGGGCUGAGAUUAAAGGGAUAUAGUCACAAAAAUAAAGUCAUUGGAAAGUAAUAAUGUCACAUGAACUGAACUAUCAUGUUACGAGAAUAAAGUCACCAUAAAGUCGUAGUUUUACUUAAAGAGAAGCUGUUUGCAUCAGGAGAGUGGAGCAGCUCAUUAAAUUGUCCCUAAUGUUUUGGCACCUCAGCACCACAUUGAUAAGUAUCAGGACCCUAAAUAGACUGCACAAAGCUGAAAUGUGUGGCACAGCAUUAUGUGGCUAAUUGUUGGCCAGCUCUGACUAUUGUAGUUAAUUUCUUUUCUUGCUGAUCUUGUCUUUAACAUGUGAAAUUAGUUUUUACUACAAACAGUCUCACCCAGCUGUCUGUAAACAGUCAAAUGUAUCCCUCAAUGUGAAUAUUUGUAAAAAGUUUCCCUCUCUGUAGUCUGGUCUGAUAUGUUUCCGCUCACAGUGUUUGCAUACCACAAAAACUACAAUGUAGUAGUUUUCAGUUUUGUUGCUGUUGGUCUACUUUGUUAUUUUGGGUCAUACACAGGAAUCACUUUUUAUUCAAAUGUUUUUCAUAACCGGCCAAAACCUCCUUGUGGGGGCGUUAGAUAAAUUUCUGAAGUUCACCCAAGGAACAAGAGGCCUUUAUGAGCGAGAACAAUAUCUAACUUUGUCAAAAAAAUAAGCAAGAAGACUGACUUUUUAAUUCCAUAAUGUCCCUUUUGUCUCUUUCCAUCUUCAGUUUCCAGACCUGGGAGAUCUAUAAUUUGUUGAGGCUAGUACAGUUAACUUUAGCUCACCUGUUAUGCUUACUACCCAGCUACUGAACGGACUCCCCAACUGGUAGUAAGAUUUUCUUACAAUAUACCAGCAUUUUCUAAACCACUACACCCAAAUCAGAGCUUGUGUGGUUUCUGUCUGCUGACUACAUUCAGUUCACAUAAAAAACUACAUCAUAUGCAUAUAUGACCUACAAGGCCACUCUCUCUUUAAAUAAAAACACUGCACCAACAGGCACCGAUGAGCUGGUGGGUCAAGCUAUAGAAUUGGCCUCACACCCUGAACCGAAGACCAUAUUUGACUUGUAGAUUGACCAACAAGGAUCCCUUAGGUUGGAACAGAUUUUUGCUGAAGUGAACUUAAGUUUAAUGCAUCCUCAAUAAAUCUUAUGCUGCGUUCCAGUUACCUAGGAAGUCGGAGCUGGGAAUGACGUUAUACCCGAGUUGACGACAUUCUAGUUAACAAGUUUGGAAAACCAAGAUGGACACCUACAGUUACCUGUUGUUAGCUGUUGUUUACAAUUGUCAGCUGUCAUUAGCCAUUGUCAGUUGUUGUUAGCGAUUGUCAGUUGUUGUUAGCCAUUGUCAGCGGUUGUUAGUUGUUGUUCGCGACACCAGUUGUAAACAACGCAUAACACAGUAUUUUACUCUUACAAACACCAUAGCACUGUGUUCACAGGUGGACGUUGGGCAGCACAACAUAUACCACUUAUUUAAUUUCACAAAAACAGAACAGAAGUGCUAAUAAAUAAUACAUUAUGAGAGCUUUUACUGUUACUCUUUACUGUUGAUGCACUACGCUGCCUUCUCGAAAUAUGAUGUUGUCGUCAAGUCGGGGUUGUGGAGGAUCAUCCAACUUUCAGAGUCGGAAAUCUGACUUCAGGGGGGCAUUCCAGAUAAAUUUCCUGCUCGGAGCUCAGAAAAUUCCAUCUUCUGAGUACAACUGGAACGUAGCAUUAGUGUUUGUUACUGUGUCUCAUGCUGUUUCUACUCAGCUGUUCCAGCAAUUGAUCACAAUGUUUCAGUCAUUGAAUAACAAAGCUAAAACUGUAAUGUGAUAAAUUAAAAAAGUUUACCUUUAUAGUUUUUCCUUGUCUACCAAUUUUAAAUUGGUUAAAAUGAGGGAGGCUGACAUGUUCUGAAAGUCAGCUACCAAGUUUUGGCUUCACUUUUGGGUAGCUGCCCUGUCCUUCAUGUGAAAUACAGUCACUGCUUCAGACAAAGACAACUUUUUUUAAAAAGACUAUAAUAUCAAAGAGAAAUGUUACCAAAUAAGACUUUUGAUUGACUAAGCUGUGGUUUGAAAAUAGAGUGCAGUCCCGGUUUCUGUUGAAAAGAUAUAAAGUGCAUGAAAGUCAGGAAGUGCAGACUCAGUUUCUUUUUAUCAUGAUGACUUUAUGACCGUGUAAGGCUGUACCUCACAGUCACCAUCGUGUAAUGUCAGACUGCAGAUCUUUUGAGAAUUACCAUGGAAAAACAGAGUUCAACAGCACAUUACUGUAAUCCACACCCUUUUCUAAGCACAGCUUGAACCAGAAGCCUCAACCUCUCCUUGACCCCUUAGGAAAAGAAUCCCUCAACCUGAUCCCCAGAGAGAUUUUCAUUACAGACAAAAACAAAAUCCAUGGGUGGCUAGAGUUGUAUUCUGAUAUUAGGGCAGAGGACGUGGAUUUGAUAUGAGGCUAGAAAUAGUCCUAUAGACUGCAGUGAGAGCCGCGAGUCCAUGUUGAGCUUUAAUGGCCCUCCUCCUGCUCGUCAAUCACACAUAAAGAAAAUGCUUGAUUGCAAAUUUCCAACCAGUGCAGUGGACUGACGUCAUAUUAUUGGAAAGGGAGUGAGGAGACAGGUUUUGAAUUGCUUGCAAGCUGGACAGAUGGAUACCGCUGCGUGGCAAAGGUAUAUGUCCUUAUGAGUUAUGAGGGCAUAGCAGCGUUCAGAGUUAUGGUUGACACAGAUCAGCUCAACAUUCAAUAUCACAAUUACAGUAAAAGCUGGUGUAAUGUUUCCCAUAUGGAUAGCAGCAUAAACCUUGGACCCCAAGAGAAACCCAAACAUUGUUAUAUGGACAUACAGCAUAGUAAAUAAAGCAGGAUGUUAAUAUUCAUCAAUUCACCAGGCAACCUUAAGACUGAGCUUAUUAAUUAUAACAAAGUUUCAAUCGGGGGAGAUGAUAAAUGUGUGUUUUUACAGAAAAACGUGAUUCUUUCAUGUGCUUAUAUAAAAAAUUUUCAUAAUAUCAGUACAAUGUGUGUUUUCAUUGAAAACUAUGCAGAGUUCUCACAUGGCAUGACAAGGUUUUGAAAGAAAACAAAACUCACAUUCCUCAACUUCUUGCUCAUGUUUUACUUUUGAACGAGAAAUGUCAUCUCUUUCCCGCAGUGGAUAAUCAGGUUGAUUUUAUUCCGUUUAAUAUUCAUUCAAACUAAACACAUGGUUUGUGUCAGUAUGAAUACAUUUUCCUCCACUUGAGCGUUAGAUCUGCUUUCCAGCCAGACAAAAGAGGAAAGCAAGCGAUUGUAAUUUUAAGGCCCAGCAUGCCGUUCCCCACGACUGACAUCUCUUUUUUAAUUGACCUCAGGUCAAACAGGGACUGGGAUAAUAUUUUGUUAAAUUAUUCUCAUUUCCCUGUGAAUCACAUUUCCAUAUAUCUCCGCUUCAUGCCUUAUUUAUUACCUUGGUACAAUUACCAUGCAAACGACGUCUUAACUGUCACCCCUUUCUCCCUCUGAACAGUUUAGUAAAUAUCAAACCAUAUUUAUUAUUAAUAAACCCACAGCUGAAAACCCCCUUUUUAUUUAUAAAUUAUUCACACACUCAAAAGCUCAGGGAGUAGAGGCGCCCUCCAUUCGAUGCCACGGAGGCCAGCAUAAUUAAGACUAUUGGCUCUAACUGAUGCAAGUGCUUAUAUCGUCUAUUUCUGCCCUCGUCCAUGUGUCCAUCUGUGUGAGCCAUAGGAGAUCAUACAUUUCAAUCACAGCAUCAUGCUCGGUGACAGACUUUUCACAAUGGAUGUUGAUUUUAUUAUCACAACACAACUGUUAGAGGUCCCCUGCUGUUUUUACUGCUCACCCGAGCCCCCGCCUCCAGUCAGCCACUCAUUGAUGGUUUCACACAUGCACACUGUAGCCUACAAACCCACAUACACAGCCAACAAAAAGGCGUUAAUUCUUUUUGUCUAUCUCUAUCUUUCACAUGUAAACACCCACUCACAACCGAAAGUCCAUGGCACUCUGAUGCAUGUAAACACAACACACGGGUGUCUCGUCCUGCACAUACACACAGACACACACACACACACACAGUCAGACACGCUCAUUUACCCAUGUGCUCAUUCACACUAACCUGGGUUGGCUUCCCAGCUGUGCAAGCUGUUUCUUCCAUCAACAUGUGUUUACUGGCAGGGGACCCUUAUGUUUGCAUUGCAGGGAGGCAAUAAACGGGGUGGGCUGGCCCGAGGGUUUCAAAAACUACUGUUUGGACGAGGAGGGGCUCAUGAGGGGUGAGGGGUGAGCCCUAAUGAUCUUGUGGUUCAGCCUUCAAUUAAAUGCAGCGCAAAAUCUCAAAAUAGAGACUCUUAUUUUGGUGGAUGAUGUUUUCUGGAAUCCACACAAGCUAAAGUCCUUAGUGUCCAAUUUUACACUUUGAUGAAUUUUUCACAGUCUUAUGGAGCUCUAACCACCUGGUUGAGUUAGCAGGGCACAUGUGUGAGUGUCUUUGUGUGUUUGUGCGUGUGUGUGAAAGGAGGGGGUUGUGUUCACAUUAAAUUAAAUCGUUGCUUGCUACAAUACACAUACAAGUGAAAGACUGAUUAACCAGAUGACUGCAAGGCCUAUUAUUUUGGUUAAUCAAUAGAUCCUUGAAUAACUAAUGACCGACAUCAAAGAACAAGCCUAUAAACAGCCACAGGCAAAUGAUAGACUGUACUGUUUUCAUCUCUUUAUAAAAGCUUUUGUUGAAAUAUGAUAAUGAUUCUGUUCUACUCUGUUCAUUUUAGUGCCCACUGUAUGACAAUGAACAAUAGGCUCUUUUUAGAUCAAACUGCACCUGAAAAAAAAAAAAAAAGUAUGUUUUUAGACCAACUUCAAAGAGUAUAACAACAGCAAACCCUGUGCAUAAACUAUGAAUGCUCUACGGUGUAAAUCUCUCAUUUGUAAGUUAAAUGAAACAGCAAUGGUUAAGUUAAACAACAUUUGGGUCACCCUGGUAAACAGGAGACAACAGGUUCAUCAACAAUGCUGACAGUUUUACUGCUUUGUCCCAAGUGAUCAUUUCACCAUUUGUCAAAUAGGCUCCAGCUGAUUCUGCUCCAAUGCAACUUUUGUACCACUACUCAAUUACCUCCAUUCACUUCCAACUGUUUCAAGGGGAGAGGGGAUCAAUUUGGAAACAUGUUCCUUUUCUAAUACUAGCUUUAAACUGUUUGUUGACUAAUAAAAGAUUAGAAAAGUUAAUUACUUAUUAAGUAAAACAGGUUAUAAAAAUAUCGGGACACUCGGAUAUUGCAACAGACUAUCAGGUCUUUUUUAAUUGGCAUCCUUUCCUUCUUUGCCUUUAAUAAAGUUGGAUCAGCACUGAGGAAAGUGUUGUGCAUCAUGCUCUUUGUAGCAUAUAGAUAUGCUACACGUUGUCAUGAAAAUAGACUGUUCUGGUUUAUUUUAGUCCUGUGCUGUAUGCAUUAUAUUUAUUUAUAUAUAUAUAUAUUUUUUUUUUUAAGCGUUUCCACUGUCAAAUGUUUGGAAAAGUGUUAAAACUACCAAUCAGUAUAAUUCUUUUUUCCUUUUUUGUGCCCUUCUGUUGGGCUGCCAAACAGACCUUUCUGACAUUAAAGGGUACAGCUAGACACACAGCAAGCUGUCGACAGAGAGGGAAUGUUAUUUGUUCAGCAAACUUACUACCUCGAUAAAUAAUGAAUCCAUUUAAUGUGCAUCUUAAUUUAUAUCAGGGAAUGCCUUUGAGAGAUGUACAGGUGUGGGGGGGUUGUCUAAUACAGGAAAAUGACCUUGUUUAAAAAAUAGGUGUUUAAUUUAUGCAUAGAUCCAGCUGAGCAGUGAGGGGGUCCACAGAGAUGGAUGCAAAUGUAGAGGAAGAUCAUACAAGAAGAUAUAUUUCCUGUAUUUUUUUCCUGUUUGAUAUUUUAUAAUUAGCAGAGCAUACUUGUGGCCAAAGUGUUGCAUGGCAGCUAUUGUGGCUGAGGAUAUGCAUGGAAUAAAUCGUUGAGAAUACCUGAGCAAGAUCAGAGUUAACUUUCAAAAGUUUACCAAACUAGUUUUUAGAGGAGGUGUUUAAAUGGAGAAAUCAGACUUAUUAACCCCUUUCUUUAAUCAGGAAGUCAGCAUGCUAAGAAUAGGUGUAAAAAUGGGCAUCAGCAUAGAGGCCCUCUAAUUUUUGCAGCAAACCUCCUGUAGAGGCUAUGACAGGAAGACAGAUCGAACAACUAACAUAUAAUAGCAGGUUUUCUCACUAUGGAUAUCAUAUUGUGUUGAUUUCCUGGAACAACUCAGCUGUUUUAGUGAAGCUAAAGGGCUGUCCCUCUGAGCAUUUUGCGAUAUUAACGAGGUCUAAUAGAUGUCUAAAUGUAACCUAGACAAUUAGUCUAAAAUCAGGCCACCACAGGUCUAAAAAAUGCAAUUUUUUCAACGUCUGAAUUUAGACCAAGUUUAAACUAUAUCUAAAUCUGGGCUAUAUCUGUACUACACUGUAUAUUGCUCAACGGUUAUCAUAAUGAUUUUGGUUAAGUACUUGGAGAUCAGUUAUUCAACUCACAGUUGCUUUUUGAACUAAAUAGUUAUUGAAUAAUGGGUUAAAGUGCAACGUCUAAACUCGGUCUAAAAUUAUACAGAAUCUAGACUAAUGAAAUUUGGUCUAAAAUGAAAACUAAACGUCUAAUAUCCAUCUAUUGCUCAGUGCAGUGUAAUCUACAAACUGUUUUAGCCUACAUGCAGAACAGACAGCUAGCAGACCAUUAAAAAUGAAUUUUAAAAAACAGGAAAAAAGAUUGUGUUGAUUUAAUUUGAUUAAAAUGCACUUUGUUGAAAUCACCCUUUCUACUCUUGAAUCUGGAAUGAUUCAAUGCAACAUUAAAGAAAGUGAAAGUGAUAAAUGCAGUUCUGGGUAUGGGAUAUGACCCUUUAAGCAUUAAAGCCACUUGGAGGAAUUUUUGGUUUGUGUUGAUUUUAGUGCCCCCGGUGGACAGUGAAAAGUAUGACACAUUCAGAGGUCUGUGGCUUGGAAAUGCAAAACAAAACUUGCAGUGUGUUAUUAAUGGCCUGUCUGACACCUAUAAAGGCUGCAGUUUUAGGCACCAGAUUGACCCAUUAACAGUUGAGCUUGUUGCUUGUGGUCGUAUUUCCUUGUGUAGCUCAGAGAAGCUUUCAUUUAAUAUCUUUAAUGUAAUCUGUUUCAUAAACCACUGAAAGCCCCUCAUACAAGUGCUAAGUUUUACUGGCCGCAAUACCAAACCAUUCCCAUUAGAUAAUUGCGUCUUUGAUUCCUAUUAAAACAUAUUCUCCCCAGAUAACAACCGUGUUAAUAAUUUAUCAAACAUGCACCUCAUUGUUUGACCAUUUUCAUUUUCAAGUCUUGGUUUGUGCUGCCUCCCCCAAAACUGUUGGGGCACUCAUUUGGCAGAGGAAUAAGUGGAUAAGGGUUUUAAAUACCCUCCCUGUGAUGCUGCUCAGCCAAUCACUGCUCCCAGGGGGCGGGAGCCACGAACCCACAACCCCACCCCCUCCCCUCCCAGCAUCACAAACAGAGGGGCUCCUCCGACACAGCUCCUGCCAGAUUUUGUUUUACCCCCUCUCUCCCCACCAGAUGACUGUCAGUGCGCAUUUCCCAUUGGCAAGAGGGAGUGAGAAGUAAACAGAGGAUAGCGACUGAGAGGGAAGAGAGUGUGCGAGAGAGAAGGAGUGAGUGUGUUAAGGUGGGAACAGGGUGAGAGACAACUUCACCGGGGAGAUCGCUUUCACGCAGGUUCAAAAGUGGACUGUGGAUGAACGUGCUGAUAGAAACACCCAUACACUGAUGGACUGUUAAAGAGCGCGUGAGAGGCAAAAAUCUGUUCCUGCGCGACGGGAAACGGACGCUGGAAAAGACGCUGAUGCAGUGGGGAAAGUUACCAACUAUGGAGGUGCGUUGUUAACUAAGAGUUUACAAACUGCUUCGGACCUCAAAAUCCUUUCUCUCGAAACUGGAUGCUAUUGUAGACGAAUUUAAGUGCGCCUGUUCGUCCGGUGAUAUUCCGGUGCCGCCGCGGAGGACCGUACCCAGCUCGGUCACACAUAGACAGAGCGAGUGAACCCUUCGACGACACCAAACAAGCGGCCAGAGCGACUACAAUGACGGCGUUGUACCUCAUCUUUUGCCUUAUGGUCACAGGUAAGACCGUUUUUCAUACUUUUCUGGUUGCAUGCAGGGUUUAUUCAUGGAAAAGGUGGACUGCGCUCCACUCUGGCGCGCUGCGUCAAGCCAUCCAGUGCGCUGCUGUAGAGGGGAAAGUGGGAUGCUGCAGUGCUGCAAUUCACAGCUGGUAAUCUCUGGUAAAUGUGUAAUUAGUUUAGAGAGAGUGAUCACAUUAAGGGGGGUUCUGUCUGCAACUGACCGGAGCAUCAGUGGAUAACGGCACUGCGCAAUUUUGGGAAAGCAGUGAUAGUUUCUGCUCUGGUUAGGAUUCCGGAUGUGUGAGAGAUACGAUCCCCGGUGGAGAGUGGAGAGGCACAGGGCUGUGAAUACGGAGCGCAUGAAAGGAAAGUUUCACUGGUGCAUCUCUUACAGCCCUGGGGUCUGGCACUCGUGAGUGUCGUUGCAUUCAUGCAUUAGUGUCCAUCUAUUUUGUUGUCGGAUGGUGUGGUAUUCAGCCUUAAGCAGAGAUGAGGAGGAUGCAGCCGAAGCGCUGAGAAUGAGACAGCUCCGGUAAGGGAUUUGCAGCCCUCAAGUUAGUCCGCGGUCCCCUGGCUGAUUCACAUUUUACCGAAAAUACCCAAACCUCAGGGUUAAACAGGCGCUAACGGCGUGGAGAUGAUUGGAUUCGGUGUGCUCUGUCCACGAGUCGUUCAUCAAUAUUAUCGUGAUGCGUAAAAACUCGUAACAGGGGUGCAUGGUCUUGGGGGCACACAAUCUCGCGGGCACAUGCGUCUGGGAUGGACCAGGGCAGAGAGAGAGAGUGAAAGGGAUUCGGAAAGAGAGAGAGGAAUUGAGAAAGUGAGUGUAUGAGAGGGAGAGAGAGAGAGGAGGAGUGUGGGGGGGAGUGGAAGACAGGAGGAGAUACGCACCUGUCUGCCCCCUCCACACACACGCGCUCGCACAUCACCCCCUGCUGCUUUUUGUUUGCGGAGAGGACCACAGUAGUUUGUGUAUUGAUUCUAAUGAGAAAAUAAAAUGUUUGUUUCCAAAUACUCAGUAUAAAAUGCCUCUUAGAGCUCUUUAUUAGUUUGAAAUUGAAUGCGUGUCUGGCCCAUAAAGGUAGUUUCCCCACAGCUUUAUGUAUCUUCGUGUCAAUCUCAUAAUGAGAGUGAUCUUGUUAAAACAUAAAGAAUGGAGCACAACGUUUGUUCAGUAUUAAUAUCAUCAUCAAGAUAAAAGAGGCUUUCUCAGCAGCUGCUUAAAUGUUCACAAAUAAUUCACUGUUGUAAAUGUCUUGUUGCAAAGAAAGCAGCUUUGGGCAAUUAACACCGAGCAACUGUUGUCUUAUCGACAUUUGUCAGAGCUGAUAAACUAGAGCUUAGUGUUACAAAUUUGAGCGAAAACAAUGCUAUUUAAAUGUAAUAGGAUAAACAAAGCUGUUACGCCAACACAAAUCUUAUCUUGAAGGGUCAAAAAGUUUCAAAAUCAGAAUCAAUACUUUUAUUUCUGUAUCUGCUCCAGUGGGGAUGUUUGUGUCUUCAGGACUGAAUCACAUGCAGUUUCAGCAGCUCCAAAAUGGCAAAGCUUUCUCAGGAGCCGUCUGUUGUUCCCACGUCUUUACCUCACGCCCCAGUUCUGCAUGGUUUUGUCGUUAGUCAAAGCCCGGGAAGGGGGAAGGGAGGGAUAUGACACCAGCAGACCUCUGCUCCCUGACAGACCAGCAACAGCUGGAUGAGAUGGAGCGGUAGUCCGACAGUGGCAUAUUUUCCCUUGACCUAAACCCCUACACACACACACACACACACACACACACACACACACACACAGCUCAUCCUCUCCCUCUCUGUCUUAAACACACACACUCAAUAAUGAACAGCUGCCCUAAUUAGAACCUAAGAGACCCUAGACCUCAUUUAUUGUGCCCAUCUCUCACAGAAUGAAAAUUUGGCCACAGCACAUGCCUUAGUUUUAAAUUUGUGUACAGCAUAGUGCAUGCAUUUGUUCAUUAAUAGUCUUGUUCAGCAUUAAUACAUUUACUUCCUGGUGAAGUCACCGGGUCCCCACAGGAAUUGGACUCCACAGUGCAUCAGUAUUCUGAGUAAUCUUCAGUGAGCUCUUUGGAACCUUUUGCUUUGGGUCGCCUGCGUCUCAUCGGGCCAAGUUCAAAGGCUGCAAGCCGAGAUUACUAGUUUCUCUCCCUUCCUCUUAAGUCGUGUUGCCUGUCAUGUCACACCAUAGAGAAGAGCAGUGAAAAUUUUCCACCUUGCUUCUUCUCCUCACAACUCUUUUGCCCGGUUGCAGAAUGUGUGACUAUGGGAAGUGAGGACACGAGAGCGUAUCUGCUUAAUGGGCCGGAGGCGGCUGGCAGACUUUCACCAAAGGUUGAAAGCCUCUGUAUGCACGUACUUCAUGCAGGCACACACAGGCACAGACGGAGAAGUGAUAUUAAGCUGAGGAAGUGAUAAGCCCUGACCGAGCCCUCUCCUACCCUCUCCAACCACCCUUCCCUUUCCCUUUCCCAUUACCAGAGAUUUGUCUUUUCCCCGUGCAGUGCAGCUAUAUUUGUGGACGCAGUGGCAGCAGGUCCCAGGAGCUUGGUUUUAGGGAAAUGUGCAUAUUUUAUGAAGUGCCGUUCUGCUGCUCUUUGAAUUCUUGUGGAGGGAAUCAGAACGGGCAGAGGGAAACAGAGUUUAAGAUGAGGAUGGGGAUGGAGGACAGUGGAAGAAAAGUCUUGUAGCAGGGAUAUGAUUUACUGUGUCACAAGUGUCUUAAUGAUUUAGCUGAUGAGGAAGAACACUAAGAAUCUUUAACCUUGCCCCCCUCCUCUCUGUUGCUCCUGUCUCUCUCUUUUUCUCUGUCACAGGUCGUCUUCAACAAUCAUACUCAUGUUCUCCAGUCUCUCCUGUUUUCCCUCUCUCUCUCUCUCUCUUCAACUUUCCUCCUUUUGACGUAAAGAGAUUGAGGAUAAGUAGCUAAGUGGGGGAAAGUUUGGCGGAAAGAACCCAGGCAAGCCAGCCAGCAGAUGAAGAGUGUGAGAGACUUGGUGCACAAUAGUGCAGACGCAGCAGAACCCGUAUGCAGCUGAGUCUUGAACAGAAGUGUCUUGCAUUAUUUAGGAGACAUAGUCAUGGCAAAGAUAUAGAUGCAUUUUGGCCUACUUUGAUUUCCUGUCUAAGAGGGCCCUGCUUAAUGGUUCUGCUGCUGAGGUGCUAAAUUUAACUUUCAAUUUGAUUCUCUUAGAUUUGCUUCCUGUGAAAUCUUUAAGGUCAUAGUGACAGCUGUAUCUAAAUCUAUACCUGAGAUAUGUAUUUUGGUUCUCCUAAGGGUUUUAGUCCCACAGCUUAAAAGUUACCGUUUGAGAUUUUCACUGUCAUAAAUCAUUUCCUCCUGUUGAUGCUCUCACAUGCACGCAGACACUAAUGAAAGAUCAAGAUCUUAAACUGUGGUCUGCUAUUUGUCCUCAUCCCGGAGACGUGUCGUGCACUCUUUCCAUUAUCUCUCUGCCCCUCUUCCCAAACACAUAUCCUCCCUUUACCUCUUCCUGCACACGCACUUACUACGUGUAUAGAUGAAAAAAACUGGAAGGGGAAAGAAAACAAUAGCGGCUUCAUAAUGUUGCCUGUCUCUAAUCAGCUUUGCCAUGCGGGUAAACACAGAUAAAGAAGUUGGCAGUGUGUCCUCGGGCUUUGUUAUCAGCUGUUAGCAACUUAACUGGAUGUGCACGCUGGUGUGGCUAAACACAGGAAGCCAAAGUGGUCAGGUAGCAAACUGUUGGUGACACUUGGCCUCUUCAAGAAUUAUUUUUACCUCAGUCCAGCCAUCCUCUUUUUGUCUUGGCUUUCUCCUUGCGCCUGUCUCCGCACAUCCUCACCUUGUCUUCCUCUAGGGCGGUCGGAGAAUCCGGGGAGGAAAUGACAGGGAAUGGGACAAUAGAGAGGCCAUGUCAGCUUCCUGCUAUUGCCUGAAGUCUUCUUCCCCAGUUGGAGCACUUCAGGCUCCGUCAUCAUCAGUGUAGAGACUGGUGGGGGAAAGCGCAAACUUGUUUAUUUCCUCUGUACAAACACACUAAUGGCACGAAAAGAGACAGGGAAAACUGGGAUUCUGUGCGUGUCAUUAAAACAGCCCCCCGAGGGAAACAGUCAUGUUCAUACAGUAGCAGCUAUUUAAAGGAAGACCUGGAUUGCAUUUAUCUCCCCCUAAAAUGCAAGUGUCACCUCCUUGUAGAUAGAUGUAUCACCAUUUCAAAAGACCCAGAAUCCAAACAUACAACAGAAAGAUUGCAGACAUACCAGACCACACAUUCAUUUUUAUUUUCCAAUCAAUUCCUGCCCUGCAAGACAAGAAUUUCAUAUCUCCUGCCGAGACACAGAAAACCAACAGCAAAUUGAAAUUUAUCUUCAGCGUUGCCGCAAUAUCUGUUCCUGUGUUAUCUUCACCAGCCGGGUUCCUUAACCUUAUAUUAAAGAACGCUCUGUUGGAUUCUGGCAGCUGAGAUGGAGCUCAGGAAAAAGAAAAGUUCAGCUCACAAUACCAUUAGACAACAUUUACUCAACACUAGAUGCUGAUUUAUUUCUCUGUGUCUUUUAUUCUCUUUAUAGGGAACUGGAUUGCCAGUGGCACUUACUAAACAGAGGAUCUAACAUAUUUGGCUGACUGUGUCAAGGCUUAUGACAUGUGCACAUCACUCAUAAAUGACUCACGACUCUCCUGACCUACACACACACACACAAACACACAAUCUCACAGGUCAAGGACAUACACUGGCACAGUGGAUUAAAAGAUGAGAUGAGUGUUUGGCAUCUUCAGGGCUCUGUGCCCUUUCUGGAGCGAUUAGUCAAAGUCCAACUGUCUAAUUAAUGAUGCUGCAGCCCAGGACAUGUCAUCUCCUUCUUUAACUAGGGCUAAAAACGCAGUUAAGAAACCAUGAAGUUGCAUGCUGCUCAUUUUAUUAAUGAUGGAAAUAGUGCAAACCCUCAUGAGACUGAAGCGUUCCAGCUACCCGUUCCUUGAAAUCCAGCACCCUGCUUCUUGUUCCUCUUUUCAUCUCUCCUUCCUGUUGGUUUAAGUGGCCUGAAACGCUUGCAGUUAAAAUGUGUGACUGAACCAUCAACCAAAAUAGAAGUUUGACUGUAUCUCAGUCCUUUCUCUCUCUCUCUCUCUCUCUCUCUCUCUCUCUCUCUCUCUCUCUCUGUUGUUGUUGUUGAAGGAAAGGUAAAAGGUUAGAGAAAGUGUGGUGAUGUCUUUCAUUUCCAUCUCGGACAGGGGCUGAGAAACUCUCCCUGGGAGGUCUGCGAGAGAAGGCAGCCAAUUUGCUAUCAGCUGAGGGGUGUCAGUCAAAGCCCAUCGAUCCAGCUUUUAACUGCAGCUCCUCCAAUGGUUGAAACAUGUUAAUGUUAUUGAGCUGUGAGGAGACGUGGGGGAACAGUGAAGUGUGUGGGCGGUUCAGGUGGUUGGUGGUCGAACCAGUAGGAGGGUAAAAGGUGUGUCUUUGCUCAAGCUGACGCAAUGGGCUUGCAGGGAGAACUGGGGGAGGAGGGAAGGAAAGAAAGAAGAAAAGAAAGGGAGGCGAAAGGGUCAAAGGGAUUUACUGCCAGGAGCCAAACAUUUCAGGUAAUGGAUAUGCUUGCAUUGGUGUAAACCAAACCUGCUGUUUUUCUUCCAGUGUGGCAGAGGUGAAAAAACAACAAAGGUGUAACUGAGUGCAGGUCUUUGGGGGAUUAAUAGAAAGUUGAUAUUCGGCACCUCGGGCUAAACAUUAGAUCUCAGGUGUUUACUUGGACACACAUUGAGAGUUUGGGUGCAUGCGUGUGUGUGUGUAUGUGUGAGUGUGCAAGCGUGGAGUUGUAAGGAAGAUGUAUAGAAGGCGGCUUUUUUUUUUGCUUCUGCCACAUUCCUGUGAAGCUGCAGCAUGGAGGGCAAUAACACAUGGCUAAGUGCUUCCCAAGCUGGCUGAGGUGAACCUAUAACACCCCUCCUGGAGGAAGCAGCCCAACCAUUGUUCCAGCACAUUGCACCCGUCUCACUGAGGCAUCCUAGUGCGGCGCGCAUCCCAGGGGGGGUUCUGGAAAGGGAAUGAAACAGAGGAGAGGGACUGAUUGUUCCCCCCAUAGACCAUCCACAGAUGGGGCUAUGGUACAGGAUGCUGGCUGUUUGCUUUAGAAAGUCCCAGGCGUUUGCUUUGCAGUUGCGGUGUACAGAAAGCUCUGGGGGAUAGAGGAGGAGUGGAGGAGUGCCAGUGGAGACAACAGCAGGGGAAAGGAAAGAGGGAGUAGAAAAGAGAGGAAGAGAAAGAGAAAGGGGUAGAAAAAGGACCUUGCCUAAUAUGAUGUCAGUGUGAAUAUAGUGUCAGUGCCAAGAAGGGAAGACAGAUGAUACAGCCGUACAAUGAUAGGGUAGUUGGGCGAGAGUGCUCAAGUCCUCCCCUGUUUCCAAACAGAGACAUAUAGAGGUGGAGAUAAUGGAGAAGGGAGGGAGAGUAAAGAGAGUAAGUGAGGAAAGGAAAAAGGAAGGGACGAGAUGCGGGGAACCCAGGCUGCAUCCAUCAUCUGGUUUGGUGCAGAAGCCAUUUGUACCUAUUGUUCUCCAUAAUUUGUUUUCUCAGGGUCUGCAAUGGGAGGGGGUGAAGGGGGAGAGGCAAAGCUAGAGCAGCCAUUUAUUUCUGUGCUAAUUACAUAAGUGAGACAGCAUAAUUAGACAUAUAGCUAAAUAGACAAUAGGCCGAGAGAAAGAUGCACAGGAGGAGAUAGACAGGAAGGUGUAGAUGAAUUCAAAAAAAAGAUAAGAGAGGCAUGGGCCGCUCUAUUUCACAUUCAAGAGUGCCAGGGAACAUGUUAAAAGAAGUAAAGGGGAUGGGGAGGGAUAAAGGGAAAGGGGAAACGGAUAGAAAAGGAGACGGGGCGAUGGAGGGGGUAAAAGAUAAGAGGGAAGGAGAGAAAAGCCCUCUUCACAGACUGCACUUUGAGGUGCGGUCCAAGGCUGCCGAAAGAGUCACAUUAUUUAAUACACCUGCUCAGUGGGAGGGAAAGACGAGCUAUAAGGAGAUGUGGUAAAGAAAAAGAGGUAAAGGGCAAAAGAGAAGAGAGGAAAGUGGAGAUGGAUUCCAUCUUUUGCUUCUUCAGAUCAAAGGAAGGGAGUGACAACAGAAAGCUGUUUGUUGUGGCUUGUUUGGGAGGGUCUCUUUCUGUGUGAGGUCAGGAUUUGACCCAGACGGCAAUUUUGUUCAGGCGGCGGUACACUUCAGCACAGCCACACGCCAAAUCCUCGAAGGUAUCACAGUCCUCACAGGGCCUGGGGAAAGUUUUCUAGAGAGAAGGUAGAGCUGCAGGAGAGCUGAGAGAGAGGGCGGUGUGGGAUGAAAAAGUUAGCCGAGAAAAUACUUCACCGCUAUAAACUGACAAAAUGGACCAUUUGCUUAAGCUUUUAGUCGAUGUUGUGCUGCUGAAUGUUCCGCGUGCGUGCUAAUGCAGUUAUGCAUCUGCUCAGGUUCACGUGGAGGUGGUGCGUGGGUGUGUUGAGCAUGUCACCAGCCUUUCAGGACUGUGAUCCAAGGGAAGAUAAAUAGGCCCUUAAUGAAGCCACUCAAUCACCAUCCAGUUAAAACAGCUGACCAAAGAUUGAGGGUCGGUCAGGCCUGAUUGGAGGCCUAUUGAAGCCGGUCAAGGGAAGCUCUCGAGCCGUCACACUUUAGAUUAACCAUUCACUGCACUAUAGAGCGCGCCCUAAAUACCCUCCAUUCUCUAAACAGUUCUCUGACACACUAUAGAAGCUCAAGUCGACUCUCUGAUUGUGCUGGGGAGUUCUUUAAAAGCCAAUUUAAACUCAGCUCUUUGUUUAACUCCCCAGGAGCUCAAGCUGGGACAUAUUGUGUUGGUUGUGUUUGUGUGAGCGUAUGUUCUUCUAUCGGGCUAAGGUUAAAGUUUUGUGUGGCCCGUCUUUCAGCAUGUGAUGUUUUGUUAAAAUAGAACUGGGUGUUACUCAAAAACUGGCACAGACCAGUUUUUUUUGGGUGAAAGAGAGGGUGCAUGAGAGAAAUCAAUGGCCCAAUUCAGCCUAUUACAGCCAUGACUGUUGCUGUAAUGGUGUGGAAAUGGACAGUGGUCAUGUGGAUCCUCUUUUCUACCUCCAGGCUUGGAUCACAACUGAAGCUUCGAUUCAUUUCCUCCCAGCUUUGAUUAAAAAAAAAAAAAAGUAGUCUGCGGAUUUCAAAGAGUCUCACAUGAUGGUGACGAGGGAAGAGAUCCUCCUGUUUUUUUUUAAAAAAACGAAUGAGACCUCUUUUCUGCCAGGUUUGCCGAAGGACAAACAAAACACUGGGCUGCAAUUUUGCUCAACAAAUAAGGGCUCCUCUGGUUCUCUCUUCUUCCAGCCUUUGCCUCUUUGAUCCCAGGUAAUGUGUUAACAAGCAACGGGUUCAUGGAAUACCCACAACAUUAGGCUGUGUAUUCACAGUGAGGUGUGAGAGAGUGUGUGUGUAUUAGCACAUGUGUGGCUUUAUGCCUGUGCGUGUGUGUUUUCACACCAAUUAAUGAAUUGCUUUAUAUGCCUGCUGAGGUGACGAUGGCCUGUCUCUAACAGGGCACUGCUCCCCCCCUCUCCUGUGUCAGCUUCAAUCCACAAUGGCUUAGACCCUCUCUCACACUAACACAUUAAUGAGAGCAGUCUAAUUAGACCUGGUGGUUUCAUAAAGGGGACUCCGGAAACCGCACCACCAUUGUGAGUUUCCCUAAUCAGGGGACCACUAAAGAAAGGACGCCACUAAGUUCACACAUACACAAAGACCUGUGUGGACUCACACUCAAAUUAGUAUCCAGUUAAUUGGUUUGGAAGCAUACAACGGGCAUAAAAAUGCUGUUUUUUUCCACAUUACGACCACCGAGGUUUGGCUGUUUUUACUCCUUCCCAUUUAGUUCCCUCUCUCCCACAGGUAGCAUUCCUCCCGAGGGCGAUACAGAAAAAUGAUUUUGCACUCCUUCAUCCUUCUCCCUCACUCAAGAAAAUUCAAUCUGUUCAAUAUCAAAUAAUCUCCCCCAAUUUUUCAGCCUUUUUUAACCUUAUCGCUCGAACAGCAACCUCUAGGGGAUGGGCUUGGCUCAACCUUGUUAAGAAAGAAGGGAAGACAGGAAGAAGCCCAGGAUAGAGGGGUGGCAAAUGGCUCUCUUAGGAGUGCUUUUUAAAUGCCUCUGUAUGUUUUUCCUCAUGGGUGAUGUAUGAAGCAGUGGAUGAAGAGGGGAGACAGUGAGGACAGAGAGAUGCAGAGGAAGAUAAAGGAAGGCAGACAUAAUCUUAAAGAAAAGAGGGAUGUGUAGGAGAGGCGCUUUGUGCUUCUUGAGGUCUGGGGCUUUAACUUGCGUCCCACAGCACUUAACAUGCCCCCAGCCAUCUCUCCUGGCAGUUAAUUAGAAUCCAAUAAGGUUGCCGCCUGUUGGUCAUUGUUCCUCCAGUGUGUUUACCCUUUCCAGAGGCUCCAUUCGCUGCUUAAUCUGCCGAGAAGCUGAAUGUCAAUAGGUCAGGCCAAGACUCCAGAGCCCUGAGAGAGAGGGAGAGACAGAGCGACGGGGGAAGAAGAGAGGAUCAGGGGGAUGAAGGAAAGGGGUCAUCCCGCUCUCUCUACUCUCAAUAUUUUUUUUCUCUGCCGUUCCAUUCUCCUUGUUUGUCUCCCCCCUCCCUCCCUCUUCCUCUUGCGUCUCCUCUUCUCUUCUUUUCUUCUCACUUCUAAUCCGUCCUCUUGAUUGUUCUAAGCUGCUUUCAGCCAGCCCCUGGGAGGGUGGUGGUGGUGGUGGUGGGGGUUCGGAGUCUGUUUUAAUUAAGAUUUAAAAGACGACUCCCUCAAGAAGGAGAGAUUUAAGAGCAGGAUGGACUCAGCAGAAGUAAAUGAAUGAAUGAAGGUGGGACAGAUUGUGGAGAGGGCUGAAGAAAUAUCAGAAAUCAGCAAAAGGAGAAAGUUAAAAAGCUUUAAUUUUACUCUCAUAAAACAGACAAGGUGCAGCUGCACACACGUGCAAACACAGUCGGACUCUGGGGCAUUCAAGUCUCUAAGCCAAAUGAGAUUUUUUUCCCCCAUUUGUAAUCAAGCGGCACAAUCUAUAUAGAUCGAUCUCAACUUCCUGCGAUUCAUACCAUAUCCUGCGAGGGUGAUAUGGGAUCAGCGGUAGCCACCAGGCAGGCUGAGGGAGUUAUCUCCACACUCCGUCUAAUGAUCGAUCAUCUCAACAGAUGGCCUCGAGAGCAUGUAACGCUCCACUUGUUUAUCAGAGCCCAAAACCUGAGGCCUCUCUGUAGAUGUGACCUGCAAGGAAGUCUUGUUUUCCAGACGGACAGAUAGACAGUAUGACUGGCUGGUUUGCUUCUACUGUCUGUGGACACGAGCGAAAGUCAUUUGCCUGAUUCACCUGGUUCCAUUUGGGUGGUCAGGUCCUGUACUGUUGUAGCUCUUGACAUCUCAGUUAGGGUCUUAAUUAAAAGUCGUAUCGCACUCGCAUUAAAAGUGAUUUCUCUGUCUGGCUAUCAAAGAAACUGUUUCUUAAUUGUUUACGUGCAAAAAUAUUUAACAAACCGUUGAGAGUGUGUGUCUGUCUGCAGCCCAAGAAAAGACACGUGCGGCGUGUUUGAUAAAACAGUCUCAUAGUACACAUCUGCCCCUAGCACAAACUGAACAUUCUUCAUCCACAGUUAAACCCCAAAGAAAACCCACCCAGAAAACAGGCCGUACAAUGAAGUGUUUAAGUUCAUCAAGCCACAGACCUGCUGCUGCAGUCGGUAAGGUGUUAAAGGCCGGGCAGGGGUCAAGAGCCCGACCCACGGCAUUCACCGCCAUGACACAUCCCAGCACACAGCCACCAUAUGUUCAGGGUUUCACAGUCAAUGAGCCAACCCACCCAGCACGACAAAGACCUAUUCACAGCCUGUUGACUCCAAGGAAAUCUGCAAUGCCAUGGUAUGAUUAGGACAGAAUGCAGCACCGGUCCAGCCAAUGGACUAGAAGACACUAAGAAAUAAAAGAAGUGCUACGGAGGAGACAAAGAACUUUCCCUGAGCGGUUAAAUCCAAGCGUGAUCUUGUCUUCAGCUUGCUUGCUGCAGCUCCAUCUCUUGCCUCCAUCAAAGCCCCUUGAGAUUCCCCCCACAACACUCUGCCUCCGUCACUCACAGCUCUGUUAAUAAGGCCAGCAGUAAACGCCAGGAAAGAUAUGCAGGGAUGAAAGAUCCUUCCUUCAUGUUCUCGCUUUGAGGAUGUGUUUCCGGGUGUCUGCGGGGAGGAGGGGGAAAACGCAGCUUUACAGAGUAAGGCUGCAUUUUAAUAGAAACAAUAAACCCAUCCGCUUAUAAAAUAAUAUUUUGUGUCCCAUAUCCUGUUGUGCAGCAGCUCUGGGGAGCUUUGGCAGACAUGAAAAAGCUCAAGGUAUAGUAGGAGCCAAAGAAUAAAGUGUGUGGAGCUCCUGGGGGAGGGAUACAUCACACAUAUAUUCUUUCACUGCAGCGAUUAAUAUCCGGGAAAAAAAGGUCAAACUUGACUUGAAACGGUCCAGUAUAUCACAGUUACAUUUGGAGGCUGCAUUUCAUACAUCAAUCCCUGCUGUGAUGUCUCAUCAGCCUGGUCACACAGGAGAGACCCACACCGCACAUUAUCAAAGAUUGAUGGGGUGUCCUAGUUAAAGACAGGGAGAGGAGGGACGACUUGUUGGAGAAGGGAACUUUCCAACACUUUCUGCGUUUCUGGAGGUGUUGACUGUAUCCCAAGUGGCCUUUCGCUUAAAAUUCAAACAACCGCAAAAAGGUAUGCGAGGUUUCACUUCUCUUUGACCCGAAGACCUGACCCCGAGACAUGCGAGGUAACUUGCAUAUGCAGCACUUUUUUUUUUCUUCUUCUUUUUUUUGCCUCAAAGCUCUAACACAAAACUCAGGAAGCUAAUGACGAAUGUUGAGCUUUCCAUCUCCUCCCAUCCGCCCUAGUCCUCUUCCUCCUCCUGAAACUGAAGACAAAACAAACUGACAGAACAAACAGGCAGAUUAUCCUCAACUUUUUUUUUCUUCUCCAACACACAACCUAACCGUCUCUUAUAUCCACCGUUCACCGUCAUCCUACCCGUUUCUUGUUCUGAGCGCUUGCUUAAUAAUUAAUUGAUUAAUUAGCUUGCUCAUUAAUCAUUUAUUCAUUAAUCAUGGCCUGAUUUUUCUAGAGGAAGCGGAGCAAUCUGAAAAAACCCUGACUUCACAUUUCACUCUAAUUAUGCUCCUUUGCUAAUCAACGCUUAAGAAAUGGAGUUUCAGGAAAUUAGUUUUCCCCCUUCCCUUCUUUUUCUCAACACAAAGCAGGAUGUAUUGAGGUCGGCAGGUAACGUUUUUUCUCCUCCCUUUCUUGUGUUGUGGAAGCUCUGAGUCAUCAGUAAUUUUAAAGGAAUGAUUCAAGUUACAAGCAAUCUGAUGAGCAGAAUAAAAAUUUGAUGUUAAAUUAUAACUCGCUUCUUCUUACACACCCCCGAUGAAAGAGGAAGGGGGAAAGAAAUUCUUCACACGGGCUAACCACAGACAUUGAUUAAUAAAUGGCAAUUUGAAGGCCGUUUGUAAGAACAGAGAGGUGGCAGCGUUGUGAAUCACACACUUAUUGUUUUCACUGGAUCCACGGCUCUCCUGGGAGAGGAGGUAAUUUGUUUAAUCGCCAGGAGUUAUGUUCUCUGGGACGGAGAGAUGGGGAGAUAGUAUAGUUCAGAAAUAUCCUCUGUUGUGUGCAUGAGAAGGAAAGUGGAGAGCAAGGUUUUCAAACAGGUUUAAUUAGAGGUGUUUUUGUGCCUUUGUGUUCCUGUUGGAUGCAGAGUUCACAACACAGCUCAGCUGCUUUCUCUGAAGGGGGCUCUUGUCAGCUGCUGACAAAAAAGAAUUAUGCAUCAAAUUAAAGAGAGCUCCAGUGAAAUGGAGGCAAGUCAGGCAUUAACCUCUAAGCUUUAAAAAGCACACAUAUUAAGCAACACUAAUGAGAGUCUCAUCGAGCUGCCUCUGUUUUAUAUUCAAACGCACACAAAAGCACGGCUCUGACUUCAAUGUGGCAUCGCUGCCUCUCAAUGAGGAUGUCUCUUCUUCAUCUCACCAGCAGCAGCGAACACUGCACAAGUGAACAAUAGUUGAGAUGGCCCUUUUACUCUAAUGAGAUGCAUACAUUUACAACAUUACCGCCCUCAUUAAAAAAUAAUAAUAAUAAAGGGAAAAAAAAGUAUUAAUUAUGAAACGCACUACUUCCUAUCGUGAAGAGCCAAGGGGGUCUCCACUGGGCUCAAUUAGGAAGAGUAGGCCGCAAAUCCCUAGACUAAAUUAAUUGACACCCCAGGGCAUUAGGCCCAGAGUCCCAGUACAGAAUCUAUGUAGAGAACUCCUUUGUUUUCAUUUCCAACGCCUUUUAGAAAAAGCAAGAGAUGGAGGCAUUUUCAAACAUGAUCUCUUCAUUGUUUUAUAGAUUUUAAAUCAAUUAUUUAUUUAUAUAUUUAUUUGUUUCAUUUACUCAUCAUGUUCGCUGCAGGCAUGGAAAAAGAUUGACGCCGUUUUCACUGAAUUCCUCCCCCACCUUUCUGAAGCCUUUUUCCAUCACAUGCUGUGCACCAUUGCUGUUUAUCCAGCAUGUCAGCUGUUCAGCAUAUACUAAAGCAGAGCUUUUGCAAACAGCACAAGAAGUUAAUGAUUUAAAAGCACAGUAAAUUAUACUGAAAGCCCUUCCAUCCAAACAGAGGUGGAAAGGGGGGAGGGAGGGAAGUGCAGAGGGAAAUUGGGAUACAGAGGCAGAAAGAAGAAGCAAGAGGGAGGAAGAGGUAGAGGGGGGAAAGGGGUGGGGGGGUGGGGGUGGAGGACAGAAAAGGGCUGGAACUGUGACACAGAUCCAGCCAGCAGCUGUCUUGCAGUGAAAACACCAGGGGGUAAGCAGGAAUGACAUGAAAUGACAAGACUAGCUCAAUCAACAUCUUGUCAACACUGCUGGCUGAUGUGUACAGACAAUUUCAUACCACUGCUACCGACUCCCUCCCCUUUUUUUCUCCUUUUUAUAUGGCUUUUUUUAUUUCCUGUCCUGCUGCCAGCCAGCCAGCCAGUCACUUGCUAUCUGUCUGCACGGAGUCAGCUCUCAGCUCUUUUGGCUCUCGUCUUCAGAGUGGGGGAGCUGUUUAAAAGCUGUGCGGGAAUUAUACUCAGAGAGAUGCUUCUGCCCAAUACAAACCCUAAAGAUAUGAGACUGUGACAGUGAGCAUGCAUGCGCACAUGCACGCGUGUGUGUGUGUAUGUGUGUGUGUGUGAGGACAGUAUAAGAAUAAGUGUAUUUAUGGCACUGCAGCACAGUGACUGCGCGAACCAUUCACACACUGACUGUGUCACAUCAGCACUCUUGGUCUCUCUCUCCCCCUCAGCCUCCUCCCUCUCCUUCCCCUCCUGGUAUGCAUACCACUCUAUUACUCCAUCCACUGCAUCUGCUGCAGCAGGUACCCAGGGAGAAGCUCUGCCACUGCUCGCCCAUGCAAUCAGCCUCACUGCUGCCCUGAUGUGUUCGCUGCCCCAUUCCAGCAGAGAAAAACCCGGUGGUGACAGCCUCGGAGACGGACUGAUUACAGCGUUCCAUCAAUCCCCCUCUCAGGCCCGCUCCUCAGCAAUUGGAAGCUGACAGGAGCCCACUUUUUCCAUUUUUACCUUUCCUCAGUUUUCCGCUCUUUCAAACAUGUAGUGGCUGCUUUUUUUUUUUCUUCAUCUCCUUUUUUUUUGCUGUUGUUCCCCCCUACUCUCUGCUUUCUUGAGUGUUGUGGUGACAAGCUGACACAAACCCCUGUGAUUUUCACACCAGGGGAUGCAGAGAGUGAGAGAGAAACCAAAAGAAAGAGAGGGGGACAGAAGAGGAUACAGAAUAGAAGAGAGGAAAAGAUGGGGAGAAAAAAGUGUAAAGGAGAGGCUGGCAAGAGAUGACAGCUGACACAGAGUCUGGAAAAGCAGAGAGAUGGCAGAAAGAGGCAUGGAGAAAGCAAAUCAACAAUUAGUAACACCUUAUAUAACUCUCAAAGGGGGGCUGCUAGGCAUUGAUUUCGGGGAUCACGGCUCACUGACUGUAGACGUUAAAGAGAUAAACAGAGGAAUGAGAGGAUGGAUUGUGGAGGGAUGCAGGAAUGGAGGAGAAUACCCCAGGCUGGGGUAUCAGUGGAGCAGCAGAGGGGGAGAGGAGGUGGGGCUCUGUGGAUGGAUGCACAGGUCCGCUCUGUAAAAGGGGGUCUAGUUCUGAGCCAAGGUUUUCACAAUGGAAUAAAGGCUGAAUGGAAAGGCUAGGAGGAUUAAACUCCAGCAAAACAGCUCUUAAAAAGCUGUUAGACUGCAAUUUUUCCCCCUUCCCCAAAAUAAAGAAUAGGAGAAAAGAUAGUGAGUGGGUGUGCAGCUGGAAUGCAACGUGGGAGAGAGAAAGGUUUGAAGUGCGGCAGGGGCGCAUUAAGGUGUGAGACAGGAGGCCAUCUGCACAGGCACAAGCUGAGGUUGUUUUUGUAGUGGUCCAAGGCAAAGAAAAACAGCGAGGAUGCUGGGUGCCAUGCUGCCACAAGUUGGUGGGUGGUAUCUGCUGUUAGCUCCCCUACAAUCCCUCAGAAGUUCUGUGGGAGUCGUGGUAAUGAGCUUAGUCGUCAGAUCAAACAUGAGAUGGGUGCUGGGACCCCUUUGGGAUAUACUCUUUAGUUGAGCUACCUCAGCAGCACUGCUGUCUGUUUGUAUACGCGCGCACACACACUAACAGGAAGUCGAAGACAAAAGAGUCCAAACAAAGGGAUAAUAAUUCCAUACAGAGAGAAAUGGAGCUUGCAUUUUCCAGCCCGAUUUAGAAGCCUUAUCUAGACAAGACACAAUGGAUGGCAUUUGGGGGAAAGGGGCUGUUUAUUCCAAGCUUGACACUUUUUUGCCAAUUGCCUUGUUUUGUGCUCUCUCCUUUUCUCCUUAUUUUCUCCACUCCCGCUCAUGUUGUAGAAAACUCACACCAGCUGGACUCAAGAUUCUGUCCCCAAAUGCUGAAGAUAUCAGGCGCCUUUUUUGUUACAUUUUGAAUUAUUACUGCUUAGGGAAAAUUCUCCAGUCAAGUUAAAAGCACUUACAUUUAUGGACCCCACAGGGCCGGAUGUUACACUCUUAGCACUGGGUAGGAAUGAGGACAUUAAAUGACAUCAGGACUAAAAUAGGGACCCUGUUGGAAUGCUGUUAGCAGCCUUUGUAGAUUGAAUAUAAUUAAGUUUCUUUGUAAAACAUGGAAAAAUGGACCGGGUGCAUCACCUGAGCAGUCACAAACAAGAGCUUCUGAUGUUGUAUUAUUCUACAUAUGAAGGUUAAACUGAUAUAUUUGCUGUUUUUUAUGUCAGUUUACCAACGUGGCGCAGCAGAUUACAACUCUGGUGACUUGGAAAUAAGUGCACUGUGUGUUUUUAGAUCCAUAUUUUAUCUAAAGGUCAUCUGCAUUGCCAUUAUCUUUCCAAGUCUUUAGCAUUAUAGCCUGCGCUUGCACUUAUAUAUCUUCAGUACACACACACACACACACACACACACACACAUAUACACACAGUGGCUGGUUCAAUCUAAUUCUAUCAAGGCAGAUGUCCCGUGGUGGACGGAUCAUUGCUGACAUCUGUCCAUCUCUUCCUGAUCCUUCCUGAUGUGGUUGUAUCCCUAUCAGUUCAGAUGGAGGAGAGAGAAUGCCGGCAGUGCCAGGGGCCACGCAAAGCUCUUUAAUAGGUUGUGUCCAAGUCGAAGGGGCUGUUUUUUGCACUUAACUCCAACCAUGUGACAGAAAGAGCAAAGUCAGUGUGUCAAAGUCGCUGCUAAAUGCGCCUGACAAGUUGCUUUCCCAUCAACGCUGCCCCACCCUCAAUAGAUAAACACACGCAGACCUAAACAUACAUCACAUAUUUUUAGACACACUCUGAGCCCACACAGUUGGGCAGAAAUGCCUUACACACACGCGCGCACGCACACAUGCACAUAUAAACUUAGCCCCAUGUGCAUCCAGCGGCGUGAAAUGAUAUUCCAUUUUGAGAAAUCCGGAUUAAAAUGUAUCAGGCCAAAUGUGUUUUGACCUUGUUACUGGGGGAGGGAAAGCACGCACACACACACACACAUACACACACACACAGCAAAGGUAAGGAAAAAAGUAAAUCUUGCAUUUCGGGGGGCGAGGACUUGUGAAUUUAAAUUUUAACCACCUUAAAAGUAAUACUAAGCUCACCACAUGUGACACAACUAAUCUGCACAGUGGAUAUUUACCUGCGUAACAUUCAAGAUGACCUGGUAAAUAAAGUUGCUUGUGCUGCAGGACUGUUAGAUUUUCAGAUCUCUCUGUUCAAAUUUGAUUUAAUUGGAGCCAGUAAACAGUCUGGUGGAAACACUGAAAGCCCCCCUGCAAUGUUGACUCUGUGUACACCCGUGUGACACUGUAACAUACCAAGACCAAGCCUCCCCACACCCACGGCUCCACAAUCCUUCUUCUUCUUCUUCUUCUUCUUCUUCUUCUUCUUCUUCUUCUUCUUCUUCUUCUUCUUCUUCUUCUUCUUCUUCUUCUUCUUCUUCUUCUUCUUCUUCUUCUUCUUCUUCUUCUUCUUCUUCUUCUUCUUCUUCUUCUUCUUCUUCUUCUUCUUCUUCUUCUUCUUCUUCUUCUUCUUCUUCUUCUUCUUCUUCUUCUUCUUCUUCUUCUUCUGACUGCCUCUCCUCCACCGCUUCUUAGUCCGCUUCUGUUCUUCCCUCUCUCCUCUCGUCAGAAAUGUAUUCAUGUAAUUAAGCUGCUAAUACACCGUCAAAGAAUUGUCUAAUUCAGCAAGGAGGAAUUAAAGGAAUCUGGCAUGAGUCAUUAGCCAGUCGAGAUGUUCUGUUGAGCGUUUUCAAUAAGGGAUCCGGAGAGCCAUGAAUCACUCCUAUGGUGUGAAGACAGUUACUACAGCACAUACUCUGCACUCUAUAUUUGUAUGCCUGUGUUUAUGUGAACGUGUAUGUGCGUGUGAGGUGUUAAUUGCCAUAUGUGAGCAUGAGAAAUUGCAUGUGGGUGAAGUAAAGAGAAACAAUUGAGUGCAUGUAAUCCAUCUGAACAAUCAACCAAUGUGCUGAAUUAUUACCCAUUGUAAACAUUUAGAUACUCUGGGCAAGAUACUUAAUUGCAAUCAAUGUUUGAACUGUUGCAUGUACAAAGAAGAAAAUCCCCUAACUCACUCUGCAUAAACGCUCGAUAGCUCAUAAAGGCUGAAUGUUAGGGGACCGACUGUAAAAAACAGCAUUUUUGGAGGUAUGAUGGGAAAAUGCCAGCCCUCGCUAAAUGCCUAAUAGCCUGAGCUGGAAGAUGUUUCACUUCUCAUUGACGCUCUUAAAUUGGUCUCUUUUGAUCCGCAGUGCGUGACACGCAUACAGCCUACCUGUUUGCAUCCAGCGCUCAAUAAGCCUUUCAGACACUCAGGUUAAAAUGAUGUACAGGGAGACUUUAUUGGUGAACAAACAUGCAUUGUUGUCUGAUGUUUUGUUUCUCUUCAGUUAUCUAUGAACAUCUCUUUUGGCCCAGAUGGAAAGCACGAGAGUAUAGACGCGUGUGAAAAUGGAUUUCGAGGCAGUUGGAUCCAUGGAGAACUCACGUUCCUGAUGAGCUCACUGUUUGGCGGCUUUGAUUGUGCCGUUGGGCGACGGAGGUGGGAGGGUGCAAAGUGAGAGGGGAGGAGAGGGGCAGGGUUCAGUCCAUGGUGCGUCCCGAGAUGAAGUGGAUAAUUGAGUGCGGAAUAAACACUGCCAACAACCUCAGAAGCCCCCCCUCUUCCUCCUCCUCCCCAUCUUUCAGAGAGAAAGAAAAACUAGAGAGAUUGGAAUGAGAAAGAGAGGGAAAGAGACCAGGGAAGAGGAGAAAAGGGGUGAGAGAAAGAGAGAGAGAAAAUCCCAGCUAUCCUCUAGGGGGAAAAGCUGCUAUUGAAAAGCUAUUAAACUUGCAUUUAGCAGGAUUGAUUGGAAAUGAAGAGGCCUAUUAAAAGAGAGGGACAAGAGGACAAUAGCGCGUCUCUGGCCGCCGUAUGUUGCCCUCCUUUCAGCGGCUUUCUUCGCUGGGAGGGGGGGCAACCCUGUCUGUUUAAGCGCUCCCACCAAGAGAAGCAGUUCAGGGGGGGCUUAGCUGUGCCUGAAUAGAACCCUCUUUAUCUGCCUCUGUCCCCCUUCCCUUCCAUUCUCCAGCGGGCAACAAAGAAAGAGAGAAGGAGAAUGAGUUUUUUUUAAGUCCUCUUCACGACUCAAACAGACACCCCACUUAGAUAACCAACCAACUGCCUUCCCUCCUCCCUCUCCUCCUCCUACCUUUCCCUACGGAUUAGUUACCUCUGGAGUGUUGCCAUCUUCCCCUGCCAGUAGGGUUUGUAAUGCUCAAUCGUUAGCAUAGUGGCACAAACAGUUGGAACCUCGGAUCCAUAUUCACACUGUGUUUCUGUGUGCGUGUGAAGCCGGGCCAGCCAAUCCGGUGAGACCGCAUGCCGUACUUAAACACAGCAGCGGAACGGCGGCAGGUGUCUCUGCUGACUUUCAGCAGGCUCAAACGGAUGGGUCUCCUGGGAGCUUUAAUGGAGUUUUGAUUGUUUAACAUCCAUUUUUACAAAAAAAAAAAAAAAAAAACAGUGAAAGAGUGGCACAUUUUUCUCCUAGGAAGUGCGUUUGCUUCAUGUCAGCGAGCACAGAACCAUAUGGUCUUGGGAAAGAGUUAAAUAACUUAUGAGGCGCAGCUGACUCUUCCUCUUAGAAGCCACAUUUAUGGAGAGAAAAAUAAUAUUUUCACACAUGUCAGCCUUGUCCGUUCUCUCAGCAAGUGCCAUGAGAACAAGAGAGUGAGCAGACUGGUUCACUGGAGUUUGCUCUCUUUUUGUAUGCACUUUUUUCCACACAACUACAGUGAAAGUUUCAGUUUUCAUCUCGGCAAAAGCAUAUUGCUGUUACAUCUUCUGAAGCUGGUGGAAAUCGGCCAUGAGCAGCAGUCUCUGUUCCUCUUGUAAAUGUUUUCACAGUUCAUGAUUAUUGGUUUAUCAUAAAAUCAUAUUCACAUCCUGCUCUUUCGUUUCUCCCAGCAGCCACCCAAGCAGCCUACUUCUCGCAACAGCCCCAGGACCAGGUGGUGAUAUCUGGUCACUCGGUGACCCUGCCUUGUGUCAUCGUUGGAUAUCGGGGAAUGGUACAAUGGACCAAAGAUGGCCUGGCACUGGGUGGAGAGCGAGAUCUGCCAGGUAUUAUCUGUUUUUCACUCUCUCUCUUGCUUUCCACAUGUUUAUCGCUCUCACUGUCUACCUCGCUCCGAUCAAUGCCAGGUCUCAUUAGAAACCAAGUCUCUCCCUGUCAAACGUUGGAGUUUUACGCAAAUUAAUGUUUAGAGAACAUUGUACCCAAGACAGGUCGGCAACAGCAGCACACACAGAACUUUAAUUUGUUGCUUAGCAUUUUAAGGGCCUUGUAGGAAGGUAGAUAAUCAAUUGGCUUUUGUCACACAUUGACAUUUAAAUGUGUGGCAGACUAGAGAGAAGGUGGAGAGGCUUCCUCUUGACCUUAGCCACCCCAUCUUUAUUGUGUCUGUGUUUAAAGGACACACUCCUCAUGCAGCAGCCCUCUCACGUGUUGCAUUUCUAGCCUCAUGCUGCUCCGCUAACACGACAGCUCAAUUCCUGGCCCAGUAAGGUGCUGCUUUGCUUUCAUUUGUGUCUUGCCACGUUUCUCUUGCCUUUUGUUCACGGCACAAGUCUGUUCAUUUUAUAGUCCUUUCAUUACGUGUUUGUUGUCGCUCUGUUUGUUUGUCUCUGACUCUAUUCUCUGUGCUGGCUUCACGCAGGCUGGACACGCUAUUCCUUAAUGGGCGACCCGCUAUCAGGCGAGCACAGCUUGCUGAUCGAUUCGGCAGAGUUGGCGGAUGAUGCGGUGUACGAGUGUCAGGCUACACAGGCAGGACUGCGCUCCCACCGUGCCAAGCUCACUGUACUAGGUAAGAUACACAGCUCAUGCAUGAUCCCCACAGCCAGCCCUCAUGCCAAGGCCUGCGGGCUGGCAGCGCCCGAGAACAAUCGAGGGAGCGUCUUCACCACAAAACACAGACACAUGUUGACUAAUGUAUACAAAUCACACCCUUACAAUACACACAAAAUGUUAAUCACAUUCAAACUCAUCACGGAGAAAUAAAAAAUACAUCAAAACACUCUUCAGGUGAUUUGCAAUUCAUAAAACAAACUCUGAUUACCCCUCACAGAUAACCCCACAGCAAACCUAGUUUUCUGGUGAAAAAAUCAUGUCCUGAAUAUAUAAUUCAAACCCAGCAAGGCUCAGGCAAGAGAUUCAGCGUUGAAAAAAAGAAAAAAAGGAAAGCCCUCUGCUCUCAGUGGCAGUAAUCAAGACUGUGGACAUCUGAGAUAAUGUGAUUGCUGCAGUCACAAAUGACUUGCGUAGUGGCUUGAAAGUCAGGGUCUGCACAGUUAGCACAUUUUACAGUGAGCUACAACAUUUGUCAACUGCAAGGCGGUUUUAACAUUAACAUGAUGUGAGUGAUGUACUUCUUCCCGCAGACGUUCAUGGGAGGGUGGGGGGGGGCAGAGGAAAAGAAGGAGGAGGGCCAGGUCCCAUGGGGGUUGGUAUCAGCAAAGCACUGCUGGCAUCUGGUGGCAUUCAAAGGAACACCACCCAAUUAUUUGUCCAAUCAAUUCUCUGUGUGUCCAGCUAUACGCUAACUGUGAUAGAAAGAAAGAAAGGGUGAGAAAUAAGAGGUACCUAACAGUCAGCCCCCCCACCCUCCUUCCAGCACAACGACAAGCUUUCUCCACAGAGCUGCUGCGAGUCGUCCUUGAAUCUGUUACCACUGAGCUGUGAAUUUUGAGCUCACUGAGGCAGGGUGACAAGCGCUACUGGGCUGCCAUGAAAAGGCAAGCAGAUUGAGAUCAUGCUAUGUCAGAACAUUUCAACUAAAUGAAUAGACUCAGAGAGCUCACCUGUGUUCAUCAGCCCACCGCUCUGUGUCUAGUGUCGCUGUCAGAGCGGUACAAAGCAGUGCGGUCAUAGCAUGCCCACACACAGCUGUAACGAUGUCUGUGUGGAGGCAGCACAGAAAGUUGAUGAUAUUGCUUUUCUACAUUAAAAAGCACUCUGAAACACCCAGGCUCGGGAUUUAUGACCAUUAAGUGCAACGUAUAAACACAUAAACACGUUGAAAGAAGUCAGGUGCGCCACUCAGGCACCUGCGGGAGGUUUGCUAUUCAAGCUUAGGUAUGGACAUAAGAGAUUUUGAAGAGAGCAGGGACCUUUUUUUUUCUGCAUUUCUGUAGGUGUGCGCACGUGCCUGUGUGUGUAUGUGUAAAUCAAUGUGGCCAGAUGAGACCAAAGCAAUCCUGCACAGUCAAAGGAGUCAACGGCGGGAGUGCAGUCAGGGGAAUCGGCAUGGAAAUUAAAAUCACCUAGCACUCGGAUUCCAUUAGUGUCCGUGGCGCGGCAGCGGAAGGACCUCUGACAAUUCAGAUACACACAGUGAAAUUGGUUCGGUGGAGGGAGUGAGAAAGGCCAGCGCAAACCCCAUGUUUACGCCUUCUCUUAUUGGUCGGGGAGAUAGACGCCUUCAUCAGGGGUGGCACGCUUGGCUUGCCAGUGGUGCGUGCGAAACCAUGCAAAUAAAUGAACAAAUAAGCAAUUCAGUUGAAACAUCACUCUGCAACAAUAAGGCCAAAUAGAGUAAUAAUGCAAGUCCCAAAGAAGGAAAUAAAUAAGGUUGAGUAUGUGUUUUUUUUUCCAAAUGACAACUGUUCCUGCCAUUUUCUCCCAUCUGAAACCUCACCUUGUUAAACAGACACAUGGCCUUAAGAAAGUGUUGUUUGCCUCUUUUGUUGCUGCAAUAUAUUGAUGCUGAGCUAAGAGCAACAGCAAACUCAAUAUCAAAACGACUUCUUUGUGGCUCCGUUCUGGCCUGGAGCUGUAAUGAGAUUUUUUUGUUUUGAGCGGUAUGUUUGCUCUGCUUUACAGUUCCUCCUUCAGACCCUAUGGUGGAGGGCGGCCCUGUUGUUCGUCUUAAGGCCCACACACCGCACAACCUUACCUGCAGAGCCUCAGGAGCCAAACCUGCUGCUGAAAUCACCUGGUACAGAGAUGGAGAGGUCAUGGAGACAGCGAUUUAUUCCAAGGUAUAGUGAGUACAGAUCUGUUGCACAGCACUAUCAUUCAAUCACAAACACCCACAUGGUAUACACAAAACAUAGCAGGAGGCGAACGCACAGCUAUUCAAAACAGGAGUGUUUUCUCUGAAGGUAUAAUAGUCCUGUUUUUCAUCCCCGUCUCUCUUUAUUCUUCUCUUCUUUCCUUCUUUCUUUCUUUGCAUGAUUUCACAGUUUUUCCCCGAUUGCCACCCUCCUCUUGCAAGAUUUGUCCGCUCACUCUCUGCAGUCCCCCUCCCAUUUUCACUCACGCCUGACCCCCACCCACUUCCACCCUCUUCCCCCUCCUCCUCUUCCCACUACUGUGCACCCCCCCCACCCCCCCACCCCCAUACUCCGUCUCUCUAACCCCCUCCGCCUCUUUGCUCGCUAAUGCAGCGACACUACAGCAUAACUGGAGCAUGCCAAAGCUCAGACAGGCAUGAGUGUUUCAUACAGUAGAGUUUCUGCUGAGAAGAAAUCACCCACAACAAUGCAGAAACACAAUAGGGAUGCGCCGGAGCGUAAGCUGGCCACGGCUGGGAAAGUGUCACAUUUUUCAUGCUCUCUGGCCACGCUAAACGACGCUAAACGCUACAUUUAAGGAGGCGAGAGCCUGCAGUGGGAAAGGAGGGAGGAGAGUCAGACAGGGGAGGGAGGAGGAAAAGAGGGAUAUGGGGGGAAAAGAAUAUAGAGUGAUGUAGUGAGAUAGCUUUGUGAGAGACUCAGAGAUUUUACAACAUUAAGUGAGUGAAGCCAGGGGAAAGAGAAAGCUUUGUCCGAGUGAGGGGUGGUGACAGGGAGUGAUGUGAUUUGGUCUAGCAUAAAAAUGCUUUUUGUGCGUCUGGCUGAGGAAGUGAAGCCUGUGUCCAUUGAUUUGGCUGUCCAGGGAAAAGGCUCAGCCUGCCCUUGCUGUUUUAUCAAAAACGUGUGGCACUUUUUUCACACUGUCACCACCCAAAAACACUCACAUAGGCACCCUAGCCAUCACAGCUUUUCCCUGUGUGCAUGUGUGUGUGUGUGUGUGUGUGUGUGUGUGAGGAGGAGAGGGAGAAAGUGAGUGAGAGCAGUGAGCCAUAUCGUCAGAAUCUACACCUUUCCUCACUUAGGCGUAUUGAUUCCUGUGAGCAGUAAAUAGAUUUAAAAGAUGAUGACAAACAAGAGCGCUGACGGGGAACACUCAGAAAUGUGGGAACAGCACAAUAUCCCCCGCUGCAUCGUAAAAUAUAUGAUUUAACUGCUGUGCCAUAGAACAGGACGGCGGUUUUAAUGCCUCGCACAUGAAAAAACAAGAGCUGCAGUGUCAUAGAGAUAUUCCAAAAAAUGCUGUGCUUCUGCACCAUUGAGCUGAUGUCCCAGGGAAGAUUGUUAUGGAGUCUCUAAACUGUUGUUUAGACCUUCAGCACCUUUUAACAGUGACUCUACUUUGUUUGCCAACUCUGCAGGCUCUGUUGGAGGAUGGGAAGAGGGAGUCAGCCGUCAGUAUGCUUCCAAUCGUCCCCGAGGACAGUGAUUCUGGACGCACCUACACCUGCAGGGUUCUUAACCCUGCUGCCCCGGCUGGGCGACAGACAUCUAUUACAAUCAAUGUCCAGCGUAAGUGUCCUGGAACCCGUUCACCCAAAAUAUCCUUCUGGCUCUGAAGCCGAGUGCUUCUUUUUUCUAUAAUCUGUAGCAACACAUUUUUGAUUUGAUGCUAUCGUAAAAGGUGAAUGGCACUAGAACGAUUUCUAAACCCAUUACGUCUCAAGUCCAGCUAAUUAAGUCAGUAACAUAAAGGCUUUUCUCUUCACAGACCCUCCUUCAGUGACUCUAUCAGUCCAGCCUCAGACUGUGACCGAGGGAGCCAAGGUUCUCUUCAUCUGCUCUGCUUCGGCCAACCCUGAAAUCACUGGAUACAGGUAUCUAUCCUCAGUCUAAUCUUGAUUUUUCACUCCUGCCGCCACCCAAACAGUUGUGUUGAACAUGAAAACUAGGCAAGCCAAAGCAGUGCGAGCGUGGUAGUGUCGUAUACAUUCACCGGGUUAAAUGAGCUGCUUGACUGGCAGCGUUUGAUUGUGAUUGGCACAAACCAUGAAUCAGCUAAUAGCCACUUGAUACGCAUGGCUAAGUACCCUCCCUGAACCAAGCAGCUGUGUAAUGUGAUUAUCCGUCUCCUCCAGGUGGUCAAAAGGAGGAGUUCCCAUCUCCGAAGCAAACGGGGACAGCCUUGAGGUGACAGUGGACUACUCCUACUUCACAGACCCAGUCUCCUGUGAGGUGUCCAACUCUGUGGGCAGCACCAACGUCAGCACCCUGGUUGACGUCCAAUGUGAGUUAAACUUUCAGCAAUUUCCACAGUGAACUGGGAUGUUUUUUCUUGCUGUUGUUGUUGUUUUAAAAGUACUCCCCUAUUGAUUGUAACCGACCGCCUGUGCUGCUUCACCCUAGUUGGCCCCAGAUUGCUGUCAGAGCCCAAGCCAAUGACAGUGGAUAUAGGAAUGGAUGCAGCCUUCACUUGUGCCUGGACUGGAAACCCGCCUCUGACCCUGGCCUGGACUAAGCAUGGCUCCAGCGUGGUAAGGCAGCAAACAUUAGUCACAGCUUUAUCUUGGUUUGGAGGGUGAAGUUUCAACACCAUCCUUCAACACCACCCCUCCAGAGAGACGCAUUCACACAUGGCCUUGAGGCAUGAAUCCUUCACACUGUACUUCCCCCCACACAUUGUUUUUUUUCCAGGCUGAAUCUUUAACACCUUCUCUCUGCAUGCUCCCUGAGGGCUGAAGCCGCUGGCAGAAAUUGCGUGUCCACUGACUGACUCAUAAGGCACUAUCAGGCCACAUGAAAUACUGUUGUAAUUCUUGGCCUUAUCAAUCAAUUGAUAAAUCAAUCAGGCAAGUAGUGAGCCAAGGUGCGUUUGAAAAUAACAGAAUUACAACAUGUGCUGCAACUUACGCAGCAGCAUCUUGGACUUAAAAACGGCCCGAGCGCACUUAAGCACCCAUUUCCUCAAAGUUAAUUUCAUAGGUGAAACAAAUGGGACAUUUCCUCCUUCACUUUACAUCAUCCUGGUAAAAGUCUUUGAGCGUAAACACCAUCAGUGGGGACAUCCCACAGGAGCUUCUCUUCUAAUAUAAUUUCUGAGGCGAUGCUGGAGAAAAAACACCCCCCUGGUAAAGAAUGUGCCCGCGGGAUGGCGUAAGCGAUGCUGUCAUCUCUAGGAGUGAACACUUUCAGCCCCUCUGAGAGAACCAUGCAGGCAUUUUUCUAAUCCACCCACAGCCACUGUCCCCCCACACAGCCACAAGUAAUGGAUUAAUUGGGUUACUCCAUAAGUGUGUUGAAAUAAAAAUGGGAGAGAGUGAUAGCAGGGGGGUGUAGAGAUGGAGGAGGUGGAGAGAGAAGGGGGUAAAUGGAUUAAUCACAGCUUGAUGGAAUGACAGGAUCAAUGAGCUAAGGAGUGAGUGAGUGGAGCAGCUCAAAAAGGGCUGGGGCCCACUCACACCGGAGUGUGCGCUCCGCUCUGUCCCCACUGUUUAAUUACAACAAUCUCCCCAGCCGCACGGUCAGCUUAACGCUGUGAUUAAAGCUCUUCACAAUGAAAUUAAACUCAAACCAGCAGCAUUUGUUACAACGGUCAGCCCACCUCUGCGCCGCCUCCACAAUGAGUGGGCCACUGAUAAAGCUCCGGCUCUCCUUUUGUCCGCCUCUUUGCUCGUUUUCUGGCUCCUUCUCGCUCUAACACACUUCUCACUUGUCCCUGGUUUUCUCACUAGGUGCUCAGUAAUGGUAACACCUUGCAACUAAAGGCGGUUACACAGGAGGAUGCUGGAACAUACACCUGCAAGGCCAUUGUGCCUCGGAUUGGAGUUGCAGAAAGAGAUGUCACUCUGACUGUAAAUGGUGAGUGGAUUCGUUUCAGAGUGUACAGCUUUGCUUGGCGUGUUGUGGUCGAAUCUGUGAAAUUGGUGGCGUCAAAAUUGAUAUCUGACAUUGUGGUAUUGAUCAGUAAUUCAAAAUAUCCUUUUGCCUUUCACACCAGGCCCUCCUAUCAUCACAGCGGAUGCCACACAGCACGCCGUUAAGCACUCCAAGGGCAAACUGGAAUGCCGGGUAGAAAGCAGCCCCCCGCCUGAUAAAAUUGUAAGUAAUUCUCUUAUUUUCUCUUUGUGUCAUUUUCUCUGAUUUGGAGGCUUACAUUCUGCAAAGUCCUCUUAGCCACACCCACGUUUGAUGGCUCACUCAGUGUAGUUUUACCCCUGACCUCACCUUCACACCUUUACAGCCUCACAUCUCCGCCUCACACUAACAAACACGCGCACACACUCAUUCACAGCUGUAAUUGCUGGGACAUUGACUGGAGAGGAUAGUGGAGUUGGAGGAUCUGUGAGAGACUGGCUUCCUGCAGGUUUCAGCCAAACCGCAUUCAAUUAGCGGCCCGAGAGGCAUCACUCUGCUGACCCUGUUGAACUACUGAACGUACGCCGGGAUGGGAGAGGAUAAUUAGGGUGUGAGGAGGAGUGAGAGACAGCUGCCCUGCUGGCCCUUGUGUUGGAGACAGAGGAUAGGAGCCUUAUUUCAUAGUGCAGAUACCUAACCCUCCUUAGGCCUCACCUGCAGGGCAGACGUGGGAGGCAGCUUAAACAUGAGCCUGUGAGCUGUGUCAGCCAUGGAGCACGGUGAGGGUCGGCACAAAAAAGUGAAAUCAAGUGAGAAACUCAUGUUCAGUCAGCGGCAGGCGAGGAUCUAAGGAUAAACAGCUGCACAGAUCUCUGCUUUGAGAGAUUUUUCAUUUGCUAUGAAAAGUUGCUUACACAGGGACGUAUCCAUGCACUAUGUUAGGGUGGCACAGGCCCUUGAAAUCUGAUUGGCAUCCUCAGGUGUCACGAAAGGAAUCUGAAUCACGAUUGGCUUUCUGCCCAGAUAGAGGCAGGACUCCUGUGAAACAAACUUAUUCUGAGACAAGCUGGAGGGAUCUUUGUUGACAUUUUAGUGCAGGGACUUUUUUUAAAGGCACACAAAAUUGUAAAUUCGUUUCGUUAAGAGCCUUCAAGGGAUUUGGCAGAUAAUCUUUUUCUAUGUUUAACUUUUAAAAGGUCAAACAUAGGAAUGUGAUACCUGCGUGCUAGUAUUUCCAGUACAGUUGUAUAUUUAAAGUUCCUGCAAAAAUAUUUAAAGAACUUUUGGUUCCUGACAGUUUUGAUGCCCUGUAGACACUGCAGUCUUUACUUAUCUGGUCCUCAAAUUUCAGAAGUAGUGUCUUACAAACAAAUCUCAUCCUGUUGACUUUUGACUGUUAAAUGUACAAUUUUUGAGAAUAUCUCAUUUAGAUAUUGUAAAAAUAGGGCAAUUUCUCCAGCUGCUCAGUUUCAGGCAUCAAAAAUAAGAGUUUUAAAACCAUCAAUCUUGUCACUGAUAGUCUUCUUAGCUUUUGUUUACACCCUAUUUUCUGCUUCUUACCCCUCUCCACAGGUAUGGACUUUUGGAGACAUGAGCCUGUCCUCUGGUACCGUCGGCCGUUACUCUGUACAGACAGUAACCAGUGAUCAUGGUGUUGUGUCCACUCUUGUGCUGUCUGAGACACUGGCGCAGGAUUUCCAGCUGCGCUACAAUUGCACCGCCUGGAACCACUUUGGCACCGGCACCGCCCUGGUCACCCUGAAGGAGCAAGGUAAGCGCUGACAGGAGUGAUAACCCCACCCUCUCUCCACAAUUGCCAGAUCGCUCUGCAGAAGCUAUAGUAAAACUCUCAAUCCUCACCAUGAAGGGGGCCAGAUUAGGGGAAAGCUUCUCUCUUGCGCUUAUCUUAAUUAUGCUGCCCCUAAUCGAUAUGAUUUAAUCAGCAGAUGGUUCCUUUAAUGAAUAUGUUUGCCCCAUACCAUAGAUAUUGAUUGGGGACAAAAGUCAAUUAGAGGAAGCCCCAUGUGUCUGUGGUUGGACUCAUAUUCUCUAUCACUGUCCCGGAGCCAAGUUCGGCAGCUCAGGCUGCAGCCCCUUAAAGAGAUCUGAUAAUAAAGCUGCAGCGUUCCUCGACUGAUGCUGCUGGUGGAAACCUUUGUUGCAGCAGACACCAAAAAUAAGGUCCUCGCCAGUAAUUUACAUCAACGUAGCAGAGAGGGGUCUCCAGAGAAAUGGGCAGCGGUAUCUCCUGGAAUCUCUAAUUAGAUUACUGUCUGUUGCUUCAUUGCAUGUCAGGCCUUGUUACCCUUCUUUCAGAGAGAUUAGAGACAAUAGCCAGGCUGUGAGUUGCCUGCUUGAACACACGCUAGCUGUUAGCAGGACAGGGCUUACUGCAGAGGAAUUUAUAUAGGCGCUGAUGUCUCUGGGAUUAGCAAGACAAAUGAAUGGAUCUCUUUUCUUUUUUGCACCAAUCUGCUCUUUCAUGACUCUGACACUUCUGCUCCUUCAUCUCUCAUUUCAUACCUCCCCCUUCUCCUGACAACCAUCUAACCCCCCUACGCCUACUACACCGCACUUGUAUGUGUUACUCUACUCAUUACUCAUUACUUAUGUAUCACUGUUCUCGUUACAGAAGCCCUGCCGAUGCUGAUAAUCGUUGGUGGAGCUGUAGGUGGAGGCUGUGUCCUGCUCAUCUGUGUCAUCACGCUGGUCUCGCUGUGCUGCAGGCACACAGGCAAAGGUGAGCUCAACGGUCAGUAUGGGCCAGAGGGUCAACAGCCAAAUCUUUACAUCAAACACAUUCACGUCUUUUUUCAUUUGUGAGCUGAGAAUCAACCUGUCAUCAUUAUUGUUAAAUGAUGGAGUUCAUUUUAAAGUCCGACGGCGUCAAGUGAAAUUUCCUGUUUCCAUUACUAGGUAAAAGGUGCACUCGUCUCUCCAAGAGUGACAUCAGAGUCCAGAUCGUUCACAGUGAUCACAACGCUACACGUGGCAACGAUGAUGAGGAGGAUGUCAAAGAGCCCAUGGUAAAUUUCUUGGUUGGUUUCUUUUUAUUUGUGUUACAGAUAUUUCUCUUGAAGGUUAAGAAGAAUGAACAGUUACGCUUUCAUUUCGGUGUUAUUCAAGUGAGGUCUUGUUUGUCGUAGUAUUUUUUUUAAAUGCUGGGUCUUUCCUCAGGCUCCAAACAGCAGCGAGUCUCCAGGGACGUCGCGAACAGAACACAGUGACCUCCUGGAAGAGGAGGACGAUGAGAGAUCGGACAUCAAGGUAAAACUGAAAACAGUCAUUGAAGGAAACUCUUUGAAAGUCAGCACUCCGUGAUUUCCAAGAAUUCUGGGUAAUGCUGAAGAAUCUGAGGCUCAUCUUUUUUUUUCUGUCAUCUGUAAAGGACCCCACCAAUGGCUAUUACAAUGUCAGAGGCCACGAAGAUCGCCACAUCCGCAGCAGUGGAUUCUCUGAAUAUGUCCCCAAUUCCCGACCAGUCUACACCCCGUCCCAGCUGCCUUCCCCCAGUCCCAUUUAUGGUCAGCAUGGCACCCAGCCUCGCAUCUAUGACUUUUCCCAUCGAUACGCCACAACCACAGCAGGCAGAACUGCUUAUGAACAGCAGCAAGCGGCCCAGCAGCAGCAAGGGGCCCAGCCUGCCAGCAUCUACCCUACUGAUCCGGUCUACAGUGGCUCCGCCUACCUACCAGCUACCUAUGGGCGCGCCUUCACAAGCUAUGUCAAGCCUGCCUCCUAUGAGAAGGUGGAUGCGUAUGACCAAUCAGAUCAGGCCAGCAAAGUGUCCAGCUCGUCCCGCUUUUCCUACGCUUCCUCACAAGUGUCCUCGCAGCAGUCUGACUAUGGACGCCCCUCACAGCGGAUGCAGACGCACGUCUGAUUGGACAAAACUGUGGAUAAAAGAAGAUUACAGGAGCAUUGGGUAGAUAGCCAUUGUCACCACCACAUGUAUGUGUGGCUGGACUAACAUGAACUGAGACUUUCUUCACUCGGUCGGUCCUUCAAGGACACGUUGGACAGUAUUUGGAGAAAGUCAUGUGAUAUAGGUUAUGGAUUAACCAUCCUUUAUUUGUUGUGAUGGUUGGCGGGAUCUACAAUGAUGCUAAUUGUGGAGCAUCUGAGCUGGAGAUUCAGCAGAUUGUGAUGUUCAAGUCAGACUAAUAAUUACAGUGUGAUACCUCUUGAGGUUAUCUCUACAUGAUGACCACCCAAACCUGGAGAAAUAUUCUGUCAGUUCAAGAGCCAACAAGAUUAAGUCAAGUGCAUCUCCUAAAUUUGGGUGGCCAAAAUGACUGGGGUAGCUGUUUACCUGCCUUCCAGAGUUUACUUUGUGUCAAUGCUAAAAUACUUUGAAAGAACAAAUGACAAGCCGAGACAUAUUUGAGGAAAAACAGCCUAUUGUUGUCUGUCAUUUGGUGUUUUGUUGGCAUGCGAAAGGAAUUCUAAGCACAUUUGUGUCUCUAUCAUCAACAUAAGACUGAGCUAUCCAGAGACAGACAUGGACUCCUCUGCACAACAGGCUGGCUCUACUGACCAACAAGUGCUACAGGCACCGUACUAUAUGAAAAGUCUUAUCAGUGGAGGAAUACUUCUGGCCUGAGCUGUAUUCCUGGAGUUUCUCCUGAUUCUAACCCUAACAUGUUGGACUUGACAGUGUUACUUACAGGUGGAGAAGGAGGGAGAUGUGAAGAGAAUGUGUUUUGACCUUCAUUGUGAUGGAGGACUUUAUGUUAACCGUGUUGUACUAAGAAGGACGAGGCAAGGCCAUGGAAACCCAAAGAUGGUGGUAAAUCUUAAAGAGUGAAUUAACAGGGGCUGAGGCUGGAAACUGCUGUCCCAGCCCUGGUACUGUUUUCUGCUGUGAUACCUGAUUGUAAAAUGAACAGUAUGCUUUUACCAGAACAAUCAAAAAGAGGUGGAAAGGUGGCAAUCUUGAACUAAAAGUAAACUUGAAUACAGUGUCAAAUUUAGCAGGGGAAAGAUGUUUUAGGCCGUCCUCAUGUGGACCAUCCACUCUGAAGUUUUACAACUCAAUCAAAUUGUCUCAAUAUGUUUACAAGAAACAGUACUACCCUGAAACAUUAAGUAUCUGUACAAAUGGCUGAGCCCAUACUUUCUCUCUGUUGCAUGCAAAUAAUGUGUCUAGUGAAACUCUUCAGCGUUUAUACUCAUGUCCAUUUCAUGUUUGAGACAUUCGUUUCAGCACCCAGCCCGGUCACAUUCCAACUCUUGGAUGUUUCAGUAUGGACGCCUGUACUGCCAUUUGUCUACAAAGCUGUUUCCAGGCAGCCCAACAAAAGAACAAAUGUCACUUAAAGUGAGGAGGCAAACAUCAUCGCUUGUCUUUAUUUUUAUAUUUUAUAUAAGCCUUAAUGUACAGCGUGUAAGCUGCUCUAUUGUAAAGUAUCUUUAUAUACAUAUGUAUCUAUCUUGGUUGAUUUAUUUUGGUCCACAGAUUUUCUUCUCUACGUCGUUCAUCAAUCAUUGAAUGCAGUUAUUUUGCUUUUUUGGAACACGACUAAUUGCCAUUUGUUUAAUUCUUUUAAUAAUGUAUUAAGAAUUUUAUUUGCUAAAAAUGAGCUAUCGUUGCUUGUACCUUUGUACACAUAUUUAUAUUUAAAUAAAACCAUUUCCGAUAAAGAAG